CUUUUGUUCACCUAACAUUAGGUUACACGUAACGUACCAAUGCUCCGACCAAAGUCAUCAUGUUUUAAUUCUAAUUUAUGGUUUUAAUGAAAUGCUUGACUGAUGAGCAAAGAAUUUGACCUGUGCGUUUGGACUCCUCCAUUUCUAUUUUCAUCACCAAAUUUAGUAGCAAUUCCCCCAAAGUCCCAUGAAGUCCUCGUAAAUAUGUGUUUGAUAACAAUACCGCAAUACGAUUGACAUUUGUGAUUUAUGACUAAUGUCUGUAGUUUCGUCAAAUA